UAGAGCGCUUCUAAUCCCAAAGAGCAAUCAGCAAAUGACAUCCCGCAAGGAGCGAGGAAACAGCGGCGUGUGUUUUAUAAAAAGCUCUUUGGUGCAGCUGCUGAGGCUGACAAUCGCUCGGCUGAGAGCAAUCUGCCGAGGAACCCGUCUCCCUCGAAAACAAAAACGUUGAGUGAAGAAUGCACAAAAAGGUUAUGACCUAUGACCAACCUAUCGUACCCACCUUACGGGAAGCUUUGGGCUUUUCGGCUCACGGCAUGUCACAUCACUGAAGCGUCAACCUGUUUACCCAUGAAUUUUGAAGGUGAUCUUCCAUCGAGCCAAAAAGUGACAACUUGCCGUGAAAGGACUCUGGGGACCAAACUGCAAGACUCCAAGGAUUGAGCCGCAGAACUUCAGGGACUCCAUCGCUCUGGCUUGGAAACGUAUCCAGGAUGACCUGCUUUCAAGGCAACCUCUCCAUCCACCUGCCUUGAUGGAGCGUGGCUUUGCCAAACGACAAAAAGGCACACCGACCGGCGUCUCUUCAUCUCUGGCUCGUCUUCUAUAGUGUGCGAAAGAGGCUGAUGGCUAUGCACUGCCUCCGGUGACAGAUUGUCCGCAUGUGCAGUGGCUGGCACAUCCGAAAGUGAUUUAAUUGACUCGGGGGGGGAUGCCAGUCCUUAUCGGCAGCUGAGCAAACCCUGGCUGAGAACAAGACUCCGGAGAGGAAAAGGGCAGGGAAGCUCCAGGUGACUUGAAGGUCAUCCAAGUGGGAACAGUCACCUGAUUCGGGGACAGGCUUACCUAUGCGACUGGCCUAACCACCAGGCAGAAGAGAGAAGGGAAGAGGGAGGGGAAGAAUGAGCCUGUGAUAAGCGAGGCAGGGCUGCACUUUUGCAGAAAGACGCUCUCUUGCCAAACGCUGGCAGGGUUGCCGAAGUGUCGCCUUUGGGAUGUCCCAACCUCCGCCCGGUAGGAUGCACUCCAAGCGAGCGGGGAUCCGAGCAGCGGUGGUGCUCAUUGGCUUGUUGCACAAGCACCGAAAGCAAAAUAAAGAGAAAAGGAAACAAGACUUGUUGACCAACACAGAUGCGACUGCUCCGGAAAGACCGUUGUCACCACCAUUCACGGCUCCACCAAGCAUGAAGUCUGCAGAAUUCUUUGAAAUGCUGGAAAAAAUGCAGGUACCCAAAUCAGAAGAACAAAGAAGUGGAAGCCAGAGAAAUAAGGAUGAUUACAUACCGUAUCCCAGCAUUGAUGAGAUUUUGGAGAAAGGCAGCCCUUAUCCUUUAAUCAUCCUGCCCCAGUUUGGGGGUUACUGGAUCGAAGACCCCGAGAAUCUGAGCACCCCCACCUCCUCCGACAGCAGCGUCUGUGAAGAAGACGAAGAGCCGCUGAGCCCCAGUACUUUUGGGUACAAACUGGAGUGCAAAGGUGAAGCCAGAGCAUACCGGAAACACUUCUUGGGAAAGGAUCAUUUAAAUUUUUACUGCACAGCUAGCAGCCUGGGAAACUUGAUUCUCUCCAUUAAAUGUGAAGAGGCAGACGGGAUUGAAUACCUAAGGAUUAUACUCAGAUCCAAAGUGAAAACCUUACAUGAAAGAAUCCCCUUAGCCGGCCUUAGUAAACUACCGAGUAUUCCACAGAUUGCAAAGGCCUUCUGUGAUGAUGCAACUGGGCUGAAGUUUAAUCCUGUGCUUUAUCCCAAGGCAUCACAAAUGAUUGUAUCCUAUGAUGAGCAUGAAGUCAACAAUACAUUCAAGUUUGGUGUGAUUUAUCAGAAGUUUAGACAGACCCAGGAAGAAGAGCUGUUUGGCAACAACGAGGAAAGUCCGGCAUUCAAAAAUUUCUUGAGUUUAUUGGGAGACACUGUCACGCUCCAGGAUUUCCGAGGCUUCCGAGGCGGCCUGGAUGUCACCCAUGGCCAGACAGGCACGGAGUCUGUGUACACGGUGUUCAGGGACAGAGAGAUUAUGUUCCAUGUCUCCACCAAGCUCCCAUUCACCGAGGGAGACGCACAGCAGCUUCAGAGGAAGAGGCACAUUGGCAACGACAUUGUGGCCAUUAUAUUCCAGGAGGAAAACACUCCCUUUGUUCCUGACAUGAUUGCCUCCAAUUUUCUCCACGCCUACAUUGUUGUCCAGGUUGAAAACCCCGAAAUGGACAAUGCGUCCUACAAAGUAGCUGUCACUGCACGAGAAGAUGUCCCUUCCUUUGGCCCUUCACUGCCAAACCCACCUGUAUUUCAAAAAAAUUCAGAAUUCCGAGAGUUUCUUCUCACCAAGCUGAUCAAUGCGGAAAACGCCUGCUGCAAGUCAGACAAAUUUGCGAAGCUUGAGGAUCGAACGCGGGCGGCUCUCUUGGACAACCUCCACGAUGAACUCCAUGUCCACACGCAACUGAUGCUAGGCUUGGGAUUCGAGGAGGACAAGCUGGAAAACGGAGGCCACGGCGGAUUCUUGGAAUCAUUUAAGAGAGCCAUUCGAGUCCGGAGCCACUCCAUGGAAACCAUGGUUGGAAGCCAGAAGAAACACCAAAGCGGAGGGAUCCCGGGAAGCUUGAGCGGAGGGAUUGCUCACAACAGUGCCGAAAUUACAAAGACCACCUUCUCUCCUCCAGUUUCAGUGGCAACAGCCAAAAAUCAAUCAAGGAGUCCCAUAAAGCGGCGGUCAGGAUUGUUUCCCCGUUUGCACACUGGGUCCGAAAGCCAGUCAGAACCCCGGGCCCGAUGUGACAGCGGCUCAGGCACACCAAAGACCCCGGACGGAGGACAUUCCUCCCAAGAGAUGAAGUCAGAAGCUUCCUCAAACCCAAGCUCUCCAGAGAUCUGUCCCAACAAAGAGAGGCCGUUCAUUAAACUCAAAGAGAACGGAAGGGCAAAUAUCUCCCGCUCCUCUUCUAGCACCAGCAGCUUCAGCAGCACAGCCGGAGAGAGUGAAAACAUGGAAGAAUGCGAAAGUGUGGGCAGCCAACCUUCCACGGCCUCCUCAUAUAAGCAAGACGUCUUUAUCUACAGCCCAUCCCAAAGCAUUGAGAAUCCAGUUCUAGCAUCUGCUUCGACACCAGUGAUCAUGAACAGGAGUCCCACAGAUCUCAAGAGCAGGAAUUCUCCAAGGUCCAAUCUAAAAUUUCGUUUUGAUAAACUUAGCCAUUCAAGUUCUGGGCCAGCACACUAGCUGAAAGGCAAGAUGACGCACCUGCAAAAGGGCAUUUUUGUUCGGAAUUGCUUUGUUAAGAGGAGAAAAUGCUUUCUUAUGACAGCAUCUGUUUACAGCCCCCUAAGGAUGCCAUCCAUGUUCUCCUAGCGUCCAGCUAGAAGCAAAAGUAUGGGCAACUCCUGGAAUUACAGAUGUGUGGGAUGGGUGAAAACCUUUUCCAAACUCUCAUUUGUAAGACUGCCAUUUUCUUGCUGCUCACAGCCUUGUGCAUGGGUCUGUAUCACAUAACACGCACAAAGCUGACAUUUUGUGUCGUCUUUGAGGCUCAAAGGGACCCUGGGACGGUCCGUGGAAUUGUCUCCACUUGACCACGAAGGAACUGUUGACUUCUCUCCUCAACUGGAAGAGAUAUCACUGAGUCCAAGUUGGCUGUAAGAUUCCUCCCAAUUCACGCUCCGUUCGUUUUGGGUCUAAGGACAUGUGUUUUCCAUCCUGUAUACUCGAAUCAGCUUCUUUCUUUGGUAUUUCAACGUUCACUGACCUUCUGUGUGCUCUUAACUGUAGCGUGUUCCUGGAGGAGGUCAUGAAUGCCACUCUAUUGGUGUACCCUUUGACUUGAGAAACCUAUAUUGGUAACAUAAUACUGUGACUAUUAACCAUCUGAGUUAGCUCUAUUAUGGGCUAGUUUUUAAAAUCCCCUUUAGGUCCUGAGAACCUCAACAGAGGUGCCCUUCCAUUUCUCAUUCUGAUGUAUCUCUCCAGACUUGUGAUAAAGGUGACUGUAGAGUUUCCCACAGAGUUCAUGGGCCAUCGGAUGCUAACAUCUGCUCCAGGCAGGAUCUCCAGACUGAGCAUCCCCAGCAAAUAAAACCCCUAUGAAUUCAUACCAAACAUUGGUCAUGUCCUGAAAACUACCCUAGUGUUGAAUUCCAACCUCAAAUUGUUCCAAGUCUGCAUCUUCAAGGAGAAGCAGCUAGAUAGCAUUAAGCUAGGUUGAGGGAAUCCCUUUCCUCUCAUUCCUGAAGGCCUAUUGAUGUGUCUGUUUUCUUUCACUCUACCUUUCCCCUCCCAUCCUAAUUGAUGACGUAGCAUGGAAUCCUACAGGAUACUCUUCUAUUUUGGGAAAUUUCCUUAAGAAUAAGGUUAUGGGCCCAGCACACUUCCACUGCACAACUGUGCUAUUUUGGGGAAUAUCCCUAAGAAUUAGGUUAUGGGCCCAGCACACUUCCGCUGCGCAACUGUGCUAUUUUGGGGGAUUUCCCUAAGAAUUAGGUUAUGGGCCCAGCACACUUCCACUGCACAACCGUGCUAUUUUGGAGGAUUUCCUUAAGAAUUAGGUUAUGGGCCCAGCACACUUCCGCUGCACAACUGUGCUAUUUUGGGGGAUUUACCUAAGAAUAAGGGUAUGGGCCCAGCACACGUCCGCUGUGCAACUGUGCUAUUUUGGGGGAUUUUCCUAAGAAUAAGGUUAUGGGCCCAGCACACUUCCGCUGCACAACUGUGCUAUUUUGGGGAAUUUUCCUAAGAAUAAGGUUAUGUACCCAGCACACUUCCGCUGCGCAACUGUGCUAUUUUGAGGAGUUUACCUAAGAAUAAGGUUAUGGGCCCAGCACACUUCCACUACACAACUGUGCUAUUUUGGGGAAUUUCUUUGAGAAUUAGGUUAUGGGCCCAGCACACUUCUGCUGCGCAACUGUGCUAUUUUGGGGGAUUUCCGUAAGGAUUGGGUUAUGGGCCCAGCACACUUCUGCUGCACAACUGUGCUAUUUUGGGGAAUUCCUCUAACACCUGGAAUGCCUACAAGUUGGAUAGGUGAGUGGUAGUUUUUCUGGACAGCAUGAAGGGCUUUGAAAUGUUGUGUGUAUAUACUAAGUAGUCAGUGGUGGAGUUCUCAUCUUAUUUAACUUCCUUCUCAAACUCUAUAGCCUUAAUGGCUCUCACAAGGUAUAUCCAUGAGCUGCUCACAUGUCUCUUAUUUCCUUCAAAGCAAGGAUGUGACAAUCUCAUUCCAGAUUACCCUAUGCACUCGUGUAUAAGUCUAGAAAUUUCAGUCCAAAAACCAACCCCCUGAAACUGGGUCAACUUAUCUAUGGAUCAAUGUGGCUACUGUACCUCAACUCUGGUCAGAAAAGGAACUAUUCUCUUCUCUGAGUGACAAAAUAUAAGAGCUUAGUCCCUCCAAGGAGAACCUAAAAGAAGCAUUGACCAUCUCUACUUCCUCUAUGGCUCCAAUUUUGGCCAUUGUGAAUGUCUAAGUGGCAGUCCCCCUGAAAUGGCAUUGGCACAUAUCCCUCUCAAUUGAACGACUAAUCCAUAGAUCACAUUAAAAUCCCCAAAACAGCCCUUGACUUAUACAUCAUGUUGAUUUAUACACGAGUACAUACAGUAAACUUAUUUCUAUUGGAGUUUGUAAUAGGUUUAUUGUGUUCUUGAAUUACUAUUUUUUAUUUUGUGGAACAGAAGGAAAAGUGAAGCAUGGAUUUUUCCUUGUUUUAGGUCUUCACAAAAAUAGCAUGAUAUUAACAAGUAUAUCCUAUGAAGGAAAACACGGAAUUUUGAAGGAAGCAAAAGGUGAUUUUGCACAAAACCUUGUUUAUUUCAACCAUGUAGGAAAACCCUCCCAUUGGUCAUGCUCCUAAUGUAAAAUAAACAAAGAUAAUAAAAUAGGGACUUGUGUAUAAAAGUCUUUAAAAAAAGUCUGACAAACAGAAAUAUGUUUAUUUUUUGUGUAUUGGAAACCAAUGCUUUGUAGCCAAUUGCUGAUGUACGUUGUAAAUAAUGUAUAUUUAAUUUAUUGCGAUAGUAGAAUCUUGUAUUUGUUAUUGUAAAAAAAUUCUAAAGAGGGGGUCAGAAAUGUAUAUUUUGUUGCUUAAAUGUGUCUUUGCAAAAUUCACAAUUGAAAAAAAUAUUUUGUGUC